AUGGAUUACCGCCUCUCCUUCGAUAACCUCGCGUUUAUAGACGUGCAACAUUGUUUCGAUUGGUCCCAGGAGCCGCGCUCUCCUUAUUCGUCAAGCGAGAGUUCUUCCCCCACCGGCUCCGCAGCAUGGUCGAUCGCGUCAAGUCGCGUUGAGCGCGCUAUAGCGCGUGUACCACUCACUCGGCCCCGGAAUGACGGAUGGCUUCUCGUUUUCUCCGGCGCGUCUACGAGCUCGUUCGACCCUGCGGGCGCUUCUGCAGUGUCUGAAGAGGACCUGCUCGAUGAAGAUUCCCAGCCCUCGACAUCAAGGUUCCUUCGCAGGCUCCGCGCUUUCCUCGCGUCUUGUGUGCCGCCGCGCCCUGAUCUAGCUGCUAUCGCCACUGCUCUGCGUCGGCUUAACUGCUUCGAGGUGGGCAGGUCCAUCAUGCUGGACGAUGAUGAAGUGCCUGCGCCACCCAUCGAACUCGCUUCCGAGACGAAGAAAACUCGCCCCCUGACUAUUCAGGUCAUCUACUCCGAUCCCCGGGCAAAAUACUUUGCGGACUGUUGAAGCAAACGAAGCCUUUGCCGACAUCACAAACGAAAAGGCCCGUUCCUGGGGCACUCAAGUUGCAACCCUCGGUUUACUAUACAGUUCCUUACGCCGCUUCACGUUCUCU